CGAAGUAACGUGUACCCUUGUUCAGCAAAUACGUGUCCACGAUCUUCUGUCUUUCCUCGAGUUUGCGUAUUCUGUUUUCUAUAGGAAUGACAUUCGAGCGAUUUGAAUUUUCACUUUAUCGAUCGCUAAGAUCCCGUUACGAUUCAUUUCUAAAGAAAAAAUACUUGCUUCGCGAGAUACGACGUGGACAGGUUGGUUCGCAUUCGUCUUCGAAGCGAAUCACAUCGGAUGUUACCAACUCGUCCUUUUUGAUAAUACCGCCGUCGGUUCCUGUACAUAUAUAAGAGAGUGACCUAGGUCAAGCUCCUUCCUUCCUGAUCUCUAGCAAACACAAGCGUACGCGUAACGGCGUUACACUAAACUAAUCUUAACAUUGGAUUUACCUAGACUCGAAGGUUGCUCCGCGGUGAACACCUCUUUGUCCUUCUUGAUUCGCGUCUCCGUUUCCGUUUCCAUUUCCAUUUCCGCGGUACGCACGAUCGGCCGAGACCAAAACGGAUCUUGCGCAUCCCAUUCCUCGACAGCUUGCGAAAACGCUAACGAAUACGCAAAACCCGUUAGACUUUCUCGUACCCGUUCGCACAAAUACAUCGUUUCGCGGAUGGCACGAAUCCAACGACUCAAAAUCCCAUUUCAAAUCGAGCUCACCACCAUUCUUACCAUCGCGCGGGGACUGUGUGGCCGAUUCCACUUUAUCUUUUACUCCAUCGAUGUCGGAAAGUUGCCGAGGAGAUCCCGGCCUCGUUUUCUCCGGACCCGUUACCGCUCCAACACCAUCGAUAAAAGCUGCGCUUCCUUCUGUUCCGUUACCCUUCUCUCCGUCUUCGCCUGCGUAUAUUGUCCGUUUCGGGAAGACGCGUCUCGCUGUCGUUCUUUCUUCUUUUCGAUCAUCGCGAUCGCGAUCGAGAUCCCAGUCCGCUGUUUCGCCAUCUCGUGCUCCCGACGCGAGCUGCUGCUCGUUCCAGAUCCACGGUGCUUGCGAGACUGAAACUUGUAUUUCUCAGAAAAUCACUGUGUACCGAUCCAGCCGAACGGCCAUGUAACCAAACGAAAAAGAAAGAAAGCGAUCUUUCAGUUUCUACUUUUUCAAUGUUAUCGUUGGAUAACAAACACAAGCGAUUCGUACCUAUUUUCUUCAAUUCAUCUCUUAGUAACGGACACCAAAUCUCGCAUCCCGGCAUUGAGGAGGCUACUAGAAUUAUACCGACUUUGAGAAAGGUUCCAUUAUCGAAUUGAAAUCUUUGAUCGAACAACGCAUCUUGUUGAUCGUUCGAUAUCUCUCGUUGUCUCGGUACCGACCAAUUGACAAAUGACUUUCACAGGCAUUCAAUUAUCCUAUAAAUCUAAUCCCGUCUGUACGUGACACGCGUAAGAUCUUGUAAUGCGUUCCAUGCUUUUGCAUCGGCUGCCGGCCAAAAAUGACUGCCUGGCCAACGUUGAAAGGUGUAGCUGCAAAUGCGAAUACAAAUAUAAAUAUAAAUACGAAUGCGAAUGCGAAUGCGAAUGCAAAUGCUGCGUCGACGAAACGAUCGGAUAUUCGAGAUCGAUCGAUCAUGCGUUGCUGAAUCUCGACCGGCACCAGUCGUCAUCGAAUUAUAUCGAUCAACAAGUAUUUCGAUUGUUAUUGCCCACGUUGGAGGAAACGCUUCUUGCUGCGGACAAGUGGAACGCGCUUCGGAUACAAAAGUGUCGGUUCAACGGUCUUGAUCAUCUCGCAGAGAUUUUGUGGAAUCGAAACCUGCGUCGUUACCGGAGAAUUUCCUCUCAUAUACGUGCCUUCGACAUCCCACUGUUUCAACGAUGGCUAUCUGUGCGGCCACCUUAUCCUAAAUCGUGGCUAUGGUCCAAGGACGGGGCUGCUCUGUGCAUACAGAGACACGUUCGUGGCUGGCUUAUACGAAAACGCGUUGACGUUCAAGAAUUGAGACAAUUUUGGAAGGUACGAUACGGAUCGGCAACGAGUACGAGACGAGGACGCAUAAUAACGGUUUUCUUCGCUGUAAAGCGCAUCGUCGUGCAAUUGCAGCGAACAAAAUAAAUCGUUUGGAAUCAAAAGAUGGCGCCAUCGUGUAAACCGCGGACAAGUUAGUAUUUCGACAAUUCGGUUUAUGCAUGUACAUUUUGAAAGAUUUCUAAAAUUCAUUAUUGCAACCGA